AAAAAAUUACUUAAUGGAUCAAAUAGAUUUGCAAGAUAUGAGAAAGAAGCUUCAUGGAUACAAAAAGUUUGGAAAAAAAUAAGUCAUUAGUAUUCUAAAUCAACUAGAGGAUCCCAAAAUUGAUCAGAAGUAUGUUUAUAAUAUAUUUAGGGCCCUUGCUGACUCAAAAAUCCUCAAAACUGUAAGGACACUCACUCAAAUUGAAGUAGUUGGAGACCCUUCUUUAAGUGAGUUAGAUCUUAAGUAAAUCAAAGAGAAAGCCACUGAAACAUUAUAAAAAUUGAAGAAAAAUGAGAAGCCUGUACCCUAAGACAAAGUAUAACCGAUUUCUGUAACCCCAGACAGAAGGUAAUCUGUGGAUGUUCCAAAUGCAAUUCCAAUUAAUUAAAAUGAUUUUAUUAUUUAAUUGGAGCUUCCUUAAGAUUUUGAUCCUACAAGACUUAAGGUGUUAUAGACUUUAAUUCAGAAAUUCACGAAUGAAACUACUCCCUAAUAGGAAAGCAUUAAAUUUUGCAAGAAAUUAGAAAAAGAAGUAUAUCAUUUAAGUUUAUGUCAGAUUAACUAAAAGUUUUAGAAAAAAGAAAAACAAUACUAAACUGCCAUCAGAGAGAUUCUAAAAUACCUAUAAAACGAUAGGGAUGGAAGUGUUCGUAAUAGAUUGUUAUCAGGAUUGAUUGAUAUACCAACAGCCGCUCAAUUGAGAUCAGAGGAUUGGACUAGUUCAACAGUAUUUAAAUAGACAUAAAUUUUCAUAGAGAUUGGCCAUUGCAGGUGGAGUAGGUAGAGAAAUAUUAUCAGCAAAUGAUAUGAACCAUAACAAAUAUAUAGCUUAAGCCAUCAAUAAGGAUGUAGCCUUGGCUUUAUGCAAUAACUGUGGAUAAAAAUAAAUGAAAUUGGUCAAUGAGAUUUAAACCAGGGCAAGCGAUGAACCUUCAACCAAAUUUUAUGAAUGUUUGAAUUGCGGUAUUGGAGAAACUACAAACGGUUGAUUUUAUAGGAUAUUGAAUAUAAAUAUAGUAAUACACUUAACCAGAG